AUGAAGAUGGAGCUGGAUAAACUUAGCAACUUACCUUCUGAGAUUAUAGACCAAAUCUUGUACAAAAUGCCGAUUAAGGAGGCUGGAAGCUUUCUUAGCAGCUCUAGCAAUUUGCUCAAGUUUUUAGCUUACCUGCCUCAAAUUCAAAGGCUCAUAUUGGAGAACUACUUUCUAAAGUCCAUCCGAGACGAUGAGGCUGUUGCAGGAGAAGUGAACUCUUGGUUAGAUGACAAUCGGAGUUGUCAAUUCUCCCAACUGUGGCUUGUUAAAAUAUUUGGCCUCAGGGGUGUCAUUGCUGAACUAGAGUUCAUCAGAUUUGUGCUCUUAAGGUCACCCAUACUUGAGUCAAUGACUGUAAAACCUCGUUCUGACAAAGGUUCUUCGGAACUAUUUAAAAAGUGGCUUCGGUUUAAGCGUGUCUCCGUGGAUGCAGAGAUAAUCUACUUGGAUCCAUGA